AUGGAGUUCACUUUCCCCGGGGGCGGGCCCCAGCACCCCUCCCCCACGUUGCGUUCUCCAGAGACGGGUGUACGGGGAAGGAACUCCCCAGGAUCACCACCUUCCAAGUUGUGUCAAGUUGAGGACCGACUCUACGCAGGCAGUUAUUUGCCUCGCAGGAGAUACCAGUUCAGUCCACAGAUACCUUUACCAGUAAUAUUUUUUCGAAAUAUGGAAGUUCCCAACAAAACAACAUGGAAGAAAAAUGCUGGAAAGUCUGCCAAGAAAGAAAAAAACACAGUGAACAAAUCUGGGAGCAAGGCCGAAAAGAAGUGGACCAAAGGGAAAGUUUGGGACAAGCUCAAUAACCUAAUCUUGUUUGACAAAGCACCAUAUGAUAAAGUCUGUAUGGAAGUUUCCAACUACAAGUUUGUAACCCCAGCUAUUGUCUCUGAGCAACUGAAGAUCCACAGUUCCUUGGCCAGGGGAGCCCUUCAGGAACUCCUCAGUAAAGGACUUAUUAAACUAGUUUCAAAGCACAGAGCUCAAGUAAUUUAUACCAGAAACACCAAAGGUGGGGAUGCCCCAGCUGUUGGUGAAGAUGCAUGAA